AUGCCAGAAACAAAGAAGGCGGGGAGAAUGCUUGCCGAGUUUGUUACAAAGUACGAAAGCAAUACGACACGACACGACACGGCGCGACACGACACUACGACGAACAAGAUUUCCUUCGCCGCAGGAUUCGCAACGAAUCAAGAAAGCAAGACCAGUGAACUCGAACAUGGCUCACAAAAUCCAUGGUCAAAUUUGCGGAGCCCGACCAAGAUCACAGAGCGACUUGCAAGAAGCAAGCCUACUGCCAGCGGUAUGGUUAGAGGGCUCAGGGUAUCUCGGGCACCCAGUAAAGGGACGGAAAAUAAAGUGACACGAAAAACCCUGGCCCUGCAUGCAUGGGGUUCCAUCACGGUGGAGACGCACCUUGCACGUCUAUCUAUUUAA